UUUAGAAUCUCGCGAGAACAUCAAAAUGUUACAUUUUCUGAAAACAUGGCGGACAGACUAACGCAGCUUCAAGACGCGGUCAAUUCGCUUGCAGAUCAGUUUUGUAACGCCAUCGGAGUCCUACAGCAGUGUGCUCCUCCAGCCUCUUUCAGUAACAUCCAGACUGCCAUCAACAAGGACCAGCCUGCCAAUCCUACUGAGGAAUAUGCCCAGCUGUUUGCAGCCCUCAUCGCCAGAACAGCCAAAGAUGUGGAUGUGUUAAUUGACUCUCUGCCCAGUGAGGAGUCCACAGCAGCUUUACAGGCUGCAAGUUUGCGUCAGUUGGAGGAGGAGAACCACGACGCAGCAGCUCGUCUGAAGGAGGUCGUGUACAGAGGGGAUGUCCUCCUUGAGAAGAUCCAGAGCGCUUUGGCCGACAUCGCACAGUCACAGCUCCGAACCCGAAACGCUGCCCCAACACAAGCUUCUCCCAAUGAGUCCUGACUGGAAAAAGGAUUAUUAUGGACUACAUAGACUCUAUACAUUUCUGUUUACAAAUUUUAACAAAGUUUAACAGAUCACAAAAUACAGCUGGGACAAGAUAGUCUUUUAUUAUGAAAUCUGGUAAAACACUGUGGCUGGAAAAUGUCUCUAAACAUCUUUAUAGUGUGCAAAUAUUUAGUUUUACCUGUUAUUGUCCAUUCAAAUUAAUCCUAGUUUUGAAUGAUCAAGGCAAACCUAAACUUGCACAGCAAGAUGGAUUUUUGCAAUAGUUGUGAGUUCGCAAACUCACGAGAAUCCAUCUUGGAGUGCCCCUGCUGGUGUGAUAGGGCCCGACAGGUGUUGGCACACCAAUCACAGAGCAGCAUUGCAGUUUGUGUGGAAGCCUAAGGCGAAGCCCUCAACCAAAAUAAACAUGGUGACGCUGACAGAUGAACUUCUGCCUAUUUUAGCAUCAAUACCGACUAUUUUGUUUGUGAAGAACGUGGAGAAGUUAAGCACUUUAUGCAUUUGUGGACAGGGAUUAUGUCUGUGCUUUUCUCUCAAUUAGAUGCAAGAUGUUUUUUGUCUUGUUCCGCUGUUGUGACACUUCAGCCAAUCAAAUUCAAAUAAUUGUCAUGACAUUCUGCAUAUUCCGAUCACUUUCAUCCCAGAUUGAUAGUGUGUACAACAGAGUAGCACACAUAUCAAUCUGGUGUGAGCCAGGUUACGUCAAGCCAAGAAAUGCAGGAAAAAUGCAACUCUACAUUUAUUUUUUUAACCAGCAACAGCCUAAUGUAAAUCAAGUACUGGAUCACCUCACCUGAACAACUAAAUUUUCUUUGCAGGUAAAAUUAUUCUAAUUUGUGGUUGAGACAGUAAUAAAAGUAAAAAUAAUCUGAGCUGCUUUACAUAAACAUUGACCUUCAACAAGAAAGUACACAAAGACUUAUUUUCAAUAAAUACAUUUAACUCAGAAAUAUAUAAAAUGCAGUCUAAAAUAAGUUGAGAGGUUGUUGUGAAUGUCACCCAUUGCUUCAGUCUGAAUAUUUACUAAUGAUGCAAUUAGUAAAUUAUUAAAGUAUUAUGUGUUUCUUUGUUGCACUGGUGUAUGAGAUGGAUUUUCUGUUUGGCUGAGACCACCUUAAACUCAUCUGGUGAGCUCACAUAACAGGAUUGUAUAUAAAGCAUCUAGACUGUUUCAGCUCUCUAAAAUGGCCAUUUUAUACAACCUGUGAUUAUCUUUAGUCCUUUAAAUAUUAAGUAAUUAAACUGUAUCAUGCAUCUCAUACUUAUAAUUUAUAUGCUGUACAAUAGUCACAACAAAGCAAAUGUUUUGUAGGUAUUUGUAAACAAUACUUUGUUAAUAUUUCUUACAUCUCUUGUGUUUUUUGACAAAUAAAUUGUCAGAAAUGUCCAACCAC